CUUCAAUGGCUUUUAGACAACUAUGAAACUGCAGAAGGAGUGAGCCUUCCAAGAAGUACCCUUUACAACCAUUACUUACGACAUUGUCAGGAGCACAAAUUGGAUCCAGUCAAUGCUGCCUCCUUUGGAAAACUCAUACGGUCAAUCUUCAUGGGAUUACGGACCAGAAGACUUGGAACUAGGGGGAACUCCAAGUAUCAUUACUACGGGAUUCGUGUGAAGCCAGACUCUCCUCUUAAUCGACUACAAGAGGACAUGCAAUAUAUGGCAAUGAGACAACAGCCCAUGCAGCAGAAACAGAGAUACAAGCCUAUGCAGAAAGUGGAUGGAGUUGCAGAUGGCUUCACAGGAAGUGGUCAACAGACAGGCACAUCUGUUGAACAAACUGUAAUUGCCCAAAGUCAACAUCAUCAACAGUUUCUAGAUGCAUCUCGAGUACUGCCAGAGUUUGGAGAAGUUGAAAUAUCUUCUCUGCCAGAUGGUACUACCUUUGAGGACAUCAAAUCACUACAGAGUCUUUAUCGAGAGCACUGUGAGGCAAUACUGGAUGUGGUUGUUAAUCUUCAAUUCAGCCUGAUAGAAAAAUUGUGGCAAACUUUCUGGCGCUAUUCUCCCUCUGCUCCACCUGAUGGCACUCCUUUUACUGAACCAAGCAAUCUGAGUGAAAUAGAAAGUCGACUUCCAAAAGCAAAGCUGAUUACUCUGUGCAAGAAUGAGUCUAUUCUGAAAUGGAUGUGUAACUGUGACCAUGUGAUGUACCAGGCUUUGGUGGAGAUUCUUAUUCCUGAUGUCCUUAGACCUAUUCCUAGUGCCUUGACCCAAGCCAUUCGCAAUUUUGCAAAAAGCCUUGAAGGUUGGCUUUCAAAUGCCAUGAACAGUAUUCCACAGAGGAUGAUACAAACCAAG